GGAUAUCGACGUUUUCAAGUUUCCUACCUUGAUUAAGUAAUAUCUGUAUUAUUCUUCAAUCGAUUGAAAACAUCAGGCACUCUCUGUUAACAAGUAAAUGUUUGCUGCUCGAAAGCAGGUUGUAACGAGGAAAUAAAAUAUAUUAGCUGGAAUUAACCGCCUUCUAGAACGGGAUUUUAAUAGUGGAAAUUGAAAUAGUAAAGUAUUGUUCCUGGGUUAUUUGAAGGUUGUUGACGUGUUUUAAAGGUAUGUGAAUAUACCAAGCAUGGUGGCUUGGUCGUCUGUGUUUAUACCUGACGGGACCAGUCUGUCGUCUGACGGUUCGGACAAGCAGACGACAAAAGGCGCUGUCACGCUUGAGGAGACGCUCCGUUGUUACGUCUGUGAGGAAUACUUCACCAAGCCGCGCGUGCUGCCGUGCGGCCACAGCUACUGCUCCUCGUGCAUCCUGCAGCUUCGCGAGAACGCGCUUGCGGAGUUCAACAAAUCACGUGAUCGGAACGCGCACCGGCGCGGGGAGUGUGGGUUCUUCACGUGUCCUUGGCCCAACUGCCACUACUCGAUGCGUAUCAUGAACGUCUACCGUUGGACGCUCCGAAACAAAGCGCUCGCCACUGCCGUCGCCGCCGCUAAGAAACGGGAAAGUGAAAGAGAGUCGGUCUCAGUGCAGACGGAUGUGGACUGGUCGCAGACGAUCGUCUCAAUCUCAUCUGCUGUGAUGAAUCCCCUGGGCAAACGUCACAGGCGCCACGUGCCCACCAAGACGACACCGGAAGUGCUCUACCAGCAAAUGAUCCAAAACACUGUGUUAGUGGACAGUAUCUCGGACAGCAAACACUGUCGUCUGCCAUGGAAUAAAAAUGGCGGGAAAACGUCCUGGGCGUCAUAUGUGUUUUUGUUCGGUAUGACGAUCGUAGACCAAGCCUUAAAACCCUAGUAGGGUUAAUUAUAUUUACUUUAUAUAUGUGAUUCAUGCUUAAUUGAUGAGGGUAAAUUCACAAAACCGUUCAAGGAAUCUUCACACCUCACAACCAUUCUUUGCACGUUUCAAUCAUACAACUUAUACGUUGCAUCAAACUACUACCUACAAAAUGUGAUUAUUAUAGUGUACCCCUCUCAAUUAAGGAUCAGCUUACUGGGCUUUUUGGAGUCAUUUAUGCACAUCCUGAGUCCUAUCUUAUAUACCAGGCGCCUGGCAGGAAGGCAAUCGGUACACAUUCAUUUAACUAGCUGUUAGGACAGCAACCUGCCAUAUCAGAACACGCCCGUCCUUCGACCUCCCUUACCGUAGGCGGAUGCUCUUACCACUAGGCCACGGUCCACGUAGCAGAACAUCUGCCGAUGCUUCAUAAAUCUAUGUAAAACUUCAUUCGAUCAAAGCCUUAACAAAUAAGCAGUUUCGCCUGGCACAAUAACCUAUUUCUUGAUUACUGAGAACAAUUUCGAAACUACAGUAAUUAAGAAAAUAUGGGUGUUUGUGUCAAGACCAUGUUUCAAUGUAUAGUUUCUUAGGCUUACUAUUUAUAGAAAACCAAUUUAAUUGUCAGAGUUGUCAGCGCUCCUUUCAUUCGCUUAUUUCGAGUGUACCUCCGUUAAUUUCGCUUGUUCCUCCGUUUAAUUCGUUUAAUUCGCGUUCACCUCCGUUUAUUUCGCUUGCGCUUUCGUCAAUUUCGAGUGCAUCUCCGCUAUUUUCGACUGCAACUCCGCUAAUUUCGCGUGCACCUCCGUCAAUUUCGAGUGCAUCUCUGCUAAUUUCGAGUGCAUCUCCGCUAAUUUCGAGUGCACCUCCGUUAAUAACGAGUGCACAUCCGUUAAUUUCGGUUGCACCAUUUGUGCAAAUGGCAUCAAAUGAGCAUCUAAAACAUUGGUUCUAUCGAUUAUUAAAUAGAUAAUGCAAUAUUUAGUGAUCAUAUCGUCUCGAAGGUGAAAUGAAACCACCAUCUAUGUGAAAAAGAAGCCAAAGCGCCGCGGAGCGAAUGCUAAUCUGUUCUUUACUUCCGCCGAACAACUGGAAUAACUCAAUAAUUCUUCAUGCCAGAAUUAUAAUCAUUGCAAUAUAUGUUCAUUUGUCUCUGACAACAUGCGUGUAAGUUUUAUUUAAAGAUCUCGGACGUUUUUUUCUUCAAAAAAUGAUGAGCUAGAAACGUUAGAAGCUUUCUUCUCCGUUUAAUUAAAUUCAAAUUUUGAAGAAUACAAAUGUCAAUGUUCAUUGAAUCUGUUAGAAAGGACACUGGAACUAUGAAAUACAUGUAACGUGUUAUGCCGAUGUGUAGUUUUGUUUCACGCUCUAUACUUUCCGAUAUACGAAUCACAACUUCAUACCAAACCCAUUUUAAACAGUGUACACAUAUCACUUCAGACAUUUUGUCAUCCACUCAGUGUUUGUGAAUCAGUCAUUGCUGUGAUAUAGUUUAUUUCCCCUGUUAAGGAAACAUUUCCCAUCGUUUAUUGUACAGUAGAUGAGAUUCAAUUGCAUUUUUGUCAGACUUCAUGUUACUCUCUUCUUUGUAGCUAAAUUCACAAUACAUGUGGUAAAAUGAUAUGUAAUUGAUAUCUUCAGCUGUUUACCAGCUAUGCCAACAUUUACAUUUGAUGUGUUCGAAUCAAUAGCAUGAAUCAUCGCUGACAUCUUUAAAGGGACACACUCGCGACCAUUUUGUUUAAAGUGUAUUGCAAUUGAGAUAUUUUACUUACUUUUAUGAACAAACACAACUCAAUAAAUGGCCGAUCAUAACUAGUUUGGACAAAAUUUUGUAAAUCCAAGCCUAAAAUAUUUCUAUUUUCAAUAAAGUUACUACUUAUUUUGGCCAAAUAGAGCAUUUUCUGUGACAUUUUUUGAGUAAUCACUAUAAAAACAGCUUUAAUUUGAAAUUUUGCUUUAUUUUUUUAACCAUUUAUACAUUCAUAUAUAAUAUUAUACUGAUGGAAUA